GCCUGGAUAAGUGAUUUAACAAAAGUACAGUUAGCCGUUUUUGUUCUGUGUUUCUCUUUUAGGUCAGACUACAGUAGAUUUCUUAGUUGAGCUAUGGAUUGUUCUACUGUAUAGAAAGAUGAUGAAAAUGGGCUUUUGCCAUGGAUAGGCUGAUAUAUAGUGUCUCUCUGUGUUUCCUCCUAUGCAUACCUACCUAGACUCUUCCCCUCUCUAAUGAGCGAGACCGUAUUAAAGGUGUAAUCCACUCCACAGCUCACAGUGUUCUCCUAUCAGCUCGCAUUCUAGUUUGUCUGGAACUGGGACGUGUUUCUGAAAGGAUAGCAAUUCAAAAGGUUCUCCAAUCUCGACCUAGACUGAGAAGGGUAAAUUUUAUACCUAUAAUGGAAACUAUUAAUUUGACUUGCAUGUGUUGGAGACAAGGUUCCAAUGCACCACACGAUAUAGUUCUGGCCUCUCUCAAAAACUUAAUAUGGCUAUAAUAUGUGGUUGAUAGAAACGAAUUUGCCUCAGUCUAGAAGUGGAAAAUACAGAGACAGAAGGACUGAUGGCAACUAUGAUGCUUUUGUCACCGGUGCUGGGCUUGCUAGAAGACGGGGCAUCAGUCUCCACCAUACCAACCGUGCAUCUCCUAGCAACAGUUGUCAAUACCUACCUCACCAGAAAUCACAUCUCCUGGCCUGCGUUUGAAACUGCUCUGAGGGGUUUUCAUUGUAUGCAGAAAAAGAUGCAUAUGGAGGCUGAAAAAUGCCUACAAUCUGCUAAACUGCAGUACGAAGAAAGUGUAGGUCCAAAACACUUGCUGACGAUCGAAACACAACUCUACUAUGCAAGUUGCAAGCAGCUCACCGAUGCUCAUGGAGCUUUAGAAAUAUUGGAUUGUGCCCAGCAAAGACUAGAUCGCAUGUCGUACAACAAUCACUUUCUCUCAGCUAAGGUGUCUUACCGCAGAGCCCUGCUUUGCCAGCAAGUAGGAAAGGUGGAACAAGAACGAGAAUACAUAAUGGAUACUCAAAGGAAGAUUCAUAGCUAUGGUGGUAUUGAGCAUCCUUGGGCAGCCGACCUCAUGUCAAAUGCACAAGUUCCCAGUGACCAGAAGAGCCGCCCUGAGACUGGUGACUAUGUGGAGAUAUACUGGAAAUUGAUAAAAAGAGAGACUGAUGAAAGCAAAGUAUUUGCAGUGGAGACAGAAGUUGCACCAUUGAUUCAACAAUGGAGACAAAAGGCCGAUAAGAACAACUAACUUCAAUUGUACUUGUAGCUAUCUGAACAAUGGAGUGCAUACGAUUAUUUGGUAUUGCUGUGUAAUAGUAUAUAUUUAUGAACAU